AUGGAAGGUAAAUUUACUUCACCUAAGCCACCUCGAGGAAGCAGUCCAUCGCAGAGUGACAUAGAAGAUGAGAACGAUGAAGUUACAAGAGCAAGUGGGGAAGCGCCUGAGGAAAAAUUAAACAAACGUGGAAGCAAAAAUGCGUGGAAGAAAGGAGGGAGGGAGGGAGAGAUGGAAGGUAAAUUUACUUCACCUAAGCCACCUCGAGGAAGCAGUCCAUCGAAGAGUGACAUAGAAGAUGAGAACGAUGAAGUUACAAGAGCAAGCGGGGAAGCGCCUGAAGAAAAAUUAAACAAACGUGGAAGCAAAAAUGCGUGGAAAAAAGGAGGGAGGAAAGGAGAGAUGGAAGGUAAAUUUACUUCACCUAAGCCACCUCGAGGAAGCAGUCCAUCGCAGAGUGACAUAGAAGAUGAGGACGAUGAAGAAAGAGGUAUGUUAUUACGCAUUUUAAAUGUUCUCCGUGGUAGCAAAAAUACGUGGAAGAAAGGAGGGAAGAAGGGAGAGAUAGAAGGUAAAUCUACUUCACCUAAGCCACCUCGAGGAACCAGUCCAUCGCCGAGUGACGACGCGCCUGAGGAAAAAGUAGAUAAACGUGGAAAACAAGGAAAUAAAGAAGAGAUGGAAGGAACCCCUUCAUCACCUAAGCCACCGAGAGGAACCAAUGUAGGGAAAAAGUCCUUAAAAAUAGAAAUCGAUGGCUUUCUUGACAAAGUUAAAUCACAUAUGAAAAGACGGUUUUGA